AUGCAAGGAUUCUCAAUUCAGCUAAGCGAUUACCGGAACGUAAAAUGUGAACCAACCAUCGUCGCCACCACCACAGCCAACGGCACCAACAUCAAGACCAACAACAGCAAUAACACCAUCAUCCACAGCAACAGCAAUAGCAGCGGCAUUAGUCACGUGAAAGCUAAUUCCUCAAGACAUUUAACGCCCCCAUCUGAUAAGAAAGCAGAUAAAUCACCCUCGCCUGUGACGCCCGUGGGCAGCAACUCAUCUUCCACAGUCAGCAACGGCAGCAGCACACCAACAGGUCGUCAAUCGUCGUCGACGGGCGGUUCAUUACAGUACGAUGCCACGUCGCCAAUAUUCCGCGAUCGAAGCGUCGAAGAAACGGAAGCCGCUCAUGAUUUAUUGUCCUUAUCGCAGAGCCUACCCCCGCUUCCGGCGCCGUGCGUCGUGACAAUCCUUCAUCCCAGCACGGAACCGACCGUGAACUUUGUCACGUCUAGCACCCCUGCCAGCACAACGCCUAAGCCGCAAUCCACGGACGGCCAACCGACAGCCACGCUCGUGCAAAAUGGCAGCAUCAUAAACAUCGUCGACGGCGGAAGCUACCAGUAUCCCCCUGGAUCCGGGCCGAUAUCGAUGAUAAUUCCGUGCUACGAAAUAACAACCACAAGUGUGCCCGUGGUGAAGACCAUCACAUCGGCCGCCCCACUUACUCCGCCCACCUCGGAGCACUCGUCCGACACGGAAAGCAUAGGCUCUUCCCCAACUGCUCCGACGUCGGUGGUCUCAUUUGUAUCGUCUUCCAACCAAUCCAUCAAGCGUAAAAAAGCUUACCCCUCAACGACGCUUGUCGCACAAGGCAACAAAAAGGCCAACCUCACGGUAUCGGAGCACUCGGUAUCUUCAACCACCGUCCACCAUCAGGGUCAAAGCAAACCAGUUGCAGCAGAGCUCUAUACCUAUGACGACCUCAUUUCCAGCGAUGGACGUUCGAAGAACCGGAAGAAACCUACAACCAAUCCACCUCCUCUCAUAGAGACAACCAACGUUCCUGCGGACCAAAUCCAACCUCCCGUUGAACCUCCAACUCCUAUCCCAACUGCCACAUCCCCCAAAGGUAAAUACCGGUGUCCUGAAUGCGGCAAGACUUAUGCCACCUCAAGCAACCUGUCGCGCCACAAACAGACCCACCGGAGCCUGGAUUCGCAGUCAGCGAAGAAAUGUCAGACCUGUGGCAAAGCGUACGUCUCCAUGCCGGCGCUGGCGAUGCAUUUGCUGACCCACAAGCUGUCGCACAGCUGCGGCGUCUGCGGCAAGCUGUUCUCCCGUCCGUGGCUUCUGCAGGGUCACCUCCGUUCGCACACCGGCGAAAAACCGUACGGCUGCGGCCACUGCGGUAAGGCCUUUGCCGAUCGGUCCAAUCUGCGGGCUCACAUGCAGACCCACUCGACCGAUAAGAACUUCGAGUGCCAACGGUGCCACAAAACGUUCGCGCUCAAGUCCUACCUGAACAAACACCUGGAGUCGGCGUGCUACAAGGAGGACGACAUGGUCGGCGGCCGGAAGAUCUACCACAGCAGCCAGGAAAUCGAUCGGGACGAGGCACGGCAGCGGCAACUGCAGCAGCUGCAGGACGAGAAUAGCAGCAUGACCAUCGAUGUAGUUACGACGACGACGAACACCUGCAGCGGGUUCGAACGGUUGAAAAGGGGUCGCCUGGGCGAAGGGAUGCGCAGCGAUGAUGAUGAUGACGACGAAGGCGGGGAUGUCGAUGAAGAUGAGGUGAUUGAUGUUAUUACGGCGUAAAGGGAUUGGGUGU